GGGGUUUGGGUAACCAUGGCACCGGAGGCGGGCCUUCGUUCACGGGACCUGGGCACCCCGCCGCCAGGAGGCGCCCAGCAGACGUUUCCAAAACAAACCCCUCUCUUGCUUUCGGGACUUCGGCAGAUUCGCCAGAAAGCAACCCCAGCUGCCAUCAAAAAUGUGCUCGGCCCCGAAGAAAUAAAAAGAGCCCUUCUUCUCCUACUCCGAGAGCCAGUCUCAUCCUGGAAGCGGAGUGGUCUUGCUGUUUGUGGCGAAUCGGCGGCUGCGGACAAGAAACAGCUCCCUCUCCCUCCUGCAUGCCUUCAUAGGGCGUUCCUAAAGUGUCGGAGAAUGAAUGAGUGGGCCCCCAUUGCCAAAGAGUACGAUCCCCUCAAAGCAGGAAGCAUCGAUGGCACCGACGAGGAACCCCAUGAUCGUGCCGUUUGGAGGGCCAUGCUGGCCCGCUACGUCCCCAACAAAGGUGUUUCGGGAGACCCCCAUCUCACCCUGUUUGUGGCCAGGCUCAACUUGCAGACCACCGAGGACAAACUGAAGGAGGUCUUUUCCCGAUACGGAGACAUCCGGAAGAUCCGCCUAGUGCGAGACCUGGUCACUGGCUUUUCCAAGGGCUAUGCCUUCAUCGAGUACAAAGAGGAGCGGGCUCUUAUCAAAGCCCACCGAGACACCAACAGGCUGGUUAUCGACCAGCGGGAGGUAUUUGUGGACUUUGAGCUGGAGAGGACGCUGAAAGGAUGGAUCCCUCGGCGGCUUGGGGGCGGCUUUGGGGGCAAAAAGGAAUCGGGGCAGCUGCGGUUUGGAGGCCGGGACCGGCCUUUCCGGAAGCCCAUCAAUUUACCUGCAAUGAAAAGUGAUUUUUAUGGAGAGGGACCGAUGGAAAGAAGAGAUCGAGUGUGGUCCAGAGACGGGACAAGGGACGUGAAGACAAGGGACCGUGAUCAUGAAAGGAACAGAGAACAGCGGCGGGCAGAACAGGACCGGGCGCAGGGCUGGGGAGAGAGGGACUGGGAACGGCACGGGCGGGAGGAAAGGAACCGAGGGAGGGAGGGAAGGGACCGAGAGAGAAAAGACCGAAGUCGGGACCGCAGCUUGAAGAAAGCCCGGGAUGAAGAGGAGUACUGAUAGGACAUGACAUGGCGGAAGGACAGUAGUCUCUCUCAUUGUGUAUAUGUGUCAAGCUUUUUCCUGAAUGUGACCAGUGUUGCAAAACAUCAUAGUAACUGUUUGGCUGCAAGAGAUCUUUCUUGACUGCAGUUCCCAAGACUCUCCAAUCAGCAUCAUCAGUGACUCUGCAGUGCAAUUUGGAGAGCUGCCAUCCAUAAAGUCACCCCCCCCCCCCCAUUCUGAUGUCAACAAUAUAUUAGUGGAAUCCAAAUGGAGGGAAUUUCUUCCAUAGAAAGGGAAAAAGGAGAAAAGGGACGAUUCUAGGUUGGGUAAAAGAAGAGAAAGUCCCUAAACGAGCUGAAACCUAGAGAGCUUAUUUGUCAGACUCUGGAAGAUCUUGGAGUUAAAAUCAAGCUCACAACAAAUCAAACGCUGGAGCCAAGUGGUUUAUUCCUUCUUUCCACAAUCCUAAAACAGUUCUGAAGUUUUCUCACUCAAACCUCCUCUAUAUAUCAGCCCCAACUCCCAUCCGCCCCCUAGUGGCCAAACAUUGUGCCCACAGUCUGUUAACUGCAGUUUCGAUUUCCCUCACAAAAACACAUGUCUUAUCUACACUACCUUCCCCAACUGUACUCAGCCUCCCUUCCCCCACUUCCCUUCUUUAUGGCAGAGAACCAAAGUAGCCAGUCCCAGGCUGAUACGGUGAUCCUGACAUCAUUCGGUCCACGAAGAGGAGACAGCAUAGAAAAAAGGAGAUUCGGGAGAUGUCUGAGAUGUGAGACCAUCCUGAAUUUUAUGUUUUACUGUGGAUGAAUUAAGACAAAUGUUUGCCAAACCAAACACUUUUCCAUAGGUUGUGCAAAAACCACACACACAAAAAUUAAUUCAGAAAUAGUUUAUUUGGAAUAUUAAAAAGAUCUGCAAUUGACACCGCCUCCCCACCCACCCAGCCCCUUUAAACUCUGUUUAUUGCCUUUUUACCUUGCAACACCCUGAAUCUUGAAUAAAGACACACAUUCACUCUGUUUGCAUAUCCCAACCGUGGUGUCCAUUCCCUUUUCUAGUAUGGCCUUACUCUACAACUGCUUUAUGGGAACUGUUGCUAGAGCAUAAACGAUUUUUGGGGACCGCAGUGAUCGAGGAAAGAGGUCUAUGUUUGAGUUGGGAUGUAAAAAAUGCCCCCCCCCCCCAAAAAAAAAGUGUCGAUUGAAACACAGCUACUCAUUAUUCACACUCCUGUAUCCAUGCCUUUGGGCUCCAGCAAUGUCAAUGCAGAAUUUAGCAGCUAGGAGGAGGAAUUUAGGUUCCUGAGAAUCGGCCACCAGUUUCUAAAAGCAUGUUUCUAGUCCUCUUGAUUAUUAAAGGGGGAAAGGGCUCUGCAGUACCUCCUGUGUCCUGAGGAUGAGUUCUAGUGGCAUUCUAGCUCACAUUGGGAACACCCAAGUUGAACGAAGGCGGUUUUAGAUAUGAGAGCAGCCUAGGGAAUCACUAUACAAAAAUGACUGGCCUAAAAGAAAAUUUACUAGUGUGCGGACCAGGUUUUACCUAAGUUUUGACGCCAGCUGUAGAAGAGGAGGAGCUCUUUGUGGGCCAAGAACAGAAAUGCAGACCUAAUUGGUUUGAGCAAACCAAUAAAAUAUGUGCCUUCUAUCCAAUGCAAAGGUUCAACCCCCACAUAGGCUUCGGUCAUCACACAAUAUUUUCACUAUGGGUGGUGAACAGGGGUUAUCUUUUCUUCCAAAGCCACUUGUCCCUCCUAUUCCAUUUCACUUAUGGCAUCUCUUAUGCUGUGUCUCUUGUUGCGCUCUAGAGCUUGAUGAACUGCAACUUCCAUCCACAUUCACCAUUGGCUAUCCUAGCUAGAGCUACUGGGAUGUGAAGUCCAAUGUCUAGAGGGCUGCACAUUGCCCCUCCUGCAUUAAAAUGGCGCUUUAAUGCUUUGACACAAUGUCUUCCCACCCAUAUUUUAAUGUGAAACCUAGAAGAGUUCUAGAAUAGUUGUUUGGCUCUAGUCUGCUGGAUGUUUUGGACUUCCGACCCCCAGAAACCCAUAGCUAACAGUCAGGGUUUCAAGGAGUUGAAUCUCAAAAACACUGACAGGGGAAAGGUUUAAAGCCACUGUUCUAGACAACUUUGUGAUAUUUUCAUUAGUCCUCAUAAAGGCGGUUGGAGUCGAGGCUGCAUGGCAGAUGACAAGAGGUCAGGGAAAACAAGCUUUUUCUUUAAUGAAAGAUUGCAAUCUGCCUUACCACCCAUCCAAACACAUAUCCUUACAGCUUCGGACUAUCUAAAGUGAGUGGCAUCAAGUGUUCAAAGCCAAACGCUCCUAGCGUUUAAUUCCUUUUAACAGAAGUCCGUCCCUUCAAGACGGGAUACAGCAACACAAGAUGCAUCACACCCUAAGCAGGAGAACCCCUGAUACUGAGGUUGACCAAAAGAGAAUAAAGUUGGCCACCGACAAACAA